AGCAAAGGACCAGUCUACAUCAGUUGUGCGCAUGUAAACCUGGGUGACUUUGAUAUCCGGUUUGUCUGCUUUCGGGAAGAGCAUGCAAGUGUGUUCGAAAAAUGGCAUUUCACGUUCGACUUUCAAAUCAUAAUCUGUUGAAACUGUCCAAAAUCAGGGCCUUACCCUUUUCAACACAGGCAGAUGACAAAGUGUUCGAACGAAGACAAGCCGAUCCUUCUACAGAGCAUGUUUAUAAAACAUGUCCAGCAUCUGUACGUAAAGGUGCCUCACUGCGUCACAAACACCUGUAUAUGACAAGACCUCAACAUGAUACAAUGAGCUCGAAGUCAUCAGAAGACAAAGCAAGGUCACUUCAUAGUGACACAUUGUCAAGCUUGUUGCUAUCAGUUUAUCACAUUGGUUUUCAAGAUGGUGAAAAGUUCAGCCAAAGUUGUCAAUGUGGGUCAAGGUCAUUUCCUUGUCCUUCAGAUCAAGGAGCAAGGUCACUUGAAGGACGAAAGGCUUGUUUGCCUGAAGUAAGUCUAGAAAAGAGUUUCUUUUGCCUAUGACCUUGACUGACCUUCAAAACCUGUUUCAGGGUCAUAGCAAGAGCAGUGAUGUUGAAAAAGCGGAAAAUCAGUGCAUCACCGAUUUUGUCAAAGCUGUUUCAUACUCCGCGGAUGACAUUCUUGCUUUCGAAAACCACCGGAACAGGUCACAAGGAAUGACCAGGGACAUUAUUAGUCAUGAAAAUCAUGAUGUAACAGUUCUUCAGGACAAAGUUAGUUGUAGGUCAAUGUCUGAUGUCCACACAGUGUUUUGUGAUGGAGCUGGUCAGGAGGCAAACAAAGGUCAAGGUCAAGGGCCAUCAGAGGAACAGCUUCUUGUUGUUCAUAACUUCUUUGAACGAACUUUGCCAGAUUUCUUGAAAUCAAAGCAGGACUACAGGAUUUAUCACAAAGACAUAAUAUUCGAGAACAAUUACUUUGGGAAAAAUGUUUCAACUCGGGGAAUAACGGCGUACGUAACCCAGGUGACGAAGAUCCGGAUCAUGACCCACUUCAUGUACGCACAUGCUCAGUUCAAUGUGCUGAAGAUUACUCGUCACCCAGAGGACGGGACAGUCCGCAUCCGAUGGCGGAUCAGCGGUCUUCCACAGCUCAAGACUCUCCUCAUCUGGAAGUUCAUGCCGUGGAACUAUCGGAAAAACCGAGAUGCUAACUCCGAGUAGGUGGAGCAGUGACAGCAAAUGCUUUCACUGAUCAAAUUUAGAGCUAUUAAAACAUUUUGUUAUAUACCUGUCAUUUUCAAAACUCAAUAUGUUUAUCUCAUUCU